AUGUCUCAGACAUCUGAGGAAGAGUCUCUAUUCAACUUCCGGCAGCAACAGAAGCUGGCACUCUGUGAAGCAGCACUGAGCAAAGGCAACCCCAUCAUCCAUGCAGGGAAAAAGAGACGAGGUCAUCCUGGCCAACCAGAUCCAGAUGCAGAAGUAGUUGCAUUCUCACCCAAGACAUUAUUGGCAACAAACAGAUAUAUAUGUGAAGUCUGCCAUAAGGGUUUCCAGAGAGACCAAAACCUUCAACUCCAUAGGAGGUGUCACAACUUACCAUGGAAGCUCAAGCAGACAAGCGGCACCGACGCUAAGAAGAAGGUGUAUAUUUGCCCUGAAGCCACCUGCCCUCACCAUGAUGCAACCCGUGCUUUGGGUGAUCUAACAGGGAUAAAGAAGCACUACUCAAGGAAGCAUGGCGAGAAGAAAUGGAAGUGUGAAAGAUGCUCUAAGAAAUAUGCAGUCCAAUCGGACUGGAGAGCACACACGAAGAUAUGUGGCACCAAGGAGUACCGCUGUGAUUGCGGAACAAUAUUCUCAAGAAAGGACAGCUUCAUCACACAUCGAGCCUUCUGUGAUGCAUUAACUGAAGAUAACUCCAGAAUCAACCAAAGCCUUGCUGCCAUGGUGGGAAGUUUGCACGGCCAACAGCAGUGCAUCUUUCCGCACACGAUACCUGGUGCAGACUCUUCCCCAACUGAUGCAGCCGGAAACUUCUCUGGUAAUGACCAGAGUUCAGACGACCAUCUGGGGUCUUUAUCACCUUAUACUUUCAUCCGAAGGUCCACUUCAUUGUUCUCCAACCAGAUGAUAUUACCACACGAUUCUGGCACUCUAGCAGAUGGGAGUGAACCAAGCUCUCCUUACAUGUCCAUGAGCUCUCCAUACAUGUCAGCCACAGCCCUGCUACAGAAAGCAGCAGAGAUGGGAGCAAAGACCAGUGAAGAUCCUACCACGCCAUUGCUUCUGAAAGGUUUCCCGAACUAUUUCACCACCAAAGGUCACAUUGGAAUAUCUUCUGGCAUCCUAGGGACCCCAAUAGCUAAUAGUGAUAGAAAGAAGACUGCUGAAGACAACAGCUCCUACAUGAACUCAACAUGGACUGGUAGCUGCAUGAGACCUCCUAAUGCAGUGCCUUGGAUCGGACUACCACCAUUUUCCAUGGGGGCAGAAAAUAGAAGCUCUAUCAUGGUUGACGCGGAUCAUAUGCAGCAAAAUGCGCAUGAGACCAUUUUUGGGGUUAGAGAUGUGGGACUAACGCAAGACUUUCUAGGUUUAGGAGGCCAUGGUAAUGCCGAGAUGCACGAUGACACCUACAAUGGGGAAAUGGCAUUAAGCUAUUCAAAUGAGCAGCAGAAAUCUGAGCAAGAUAUCUACUCCUACCAUCAGUAGUCUCAUGAAUCUAUAGACCCAUUUGGGAUUCAUAAGCACAAUAGUUUACUUACAACAAAUAGUUUCAGCUUAUGUUAUCGACUGAAGUUCCUUCAAUAACAUGUACUACGAUAUAAACCUUUAUUAUUUAAGUCAAAAUAUGGCUAGAAGAUGAUUUCAUGAAAUUCUGAAAACUGAGCUGAAACAAAACUGACACGGCCAGUGUGGCUUUACAGAAAUCUGGUAUUGCAUUCAAUAAGAAUAAAGUUCAGUGCAAAAUUAUAAUUGUGGAUGCUGGAAUAAAGAGUGCAGAACAUGUAUUUGACUGAACAAUAAUUAAUAACCAGAGUCUGGAAUGUUAUGACUUCAAUGACAAGCGACAUGUGAGCAACAAAAAACAGAGCUGCUUCUCAAAUGAGAAAGCAACAGAAUACAUUUUUAUCUGCUUCAGUAAAAUACAUGCCUCAAAUGACAAUGCUCACAGCAUACUGGAUCCGGAAGCAGCAAAACGCUGCCAUCUUCAACAGAGAGGCUCAAUGUCACUCACCA